GCACUACUCCACUAUUACUCCGUCGGCUGCUUCCAACCUGAGUGUCGUCUCUGGAGCUCUGCUAGCAUUAACCAACCCGGACAACCGUGAACUCCCUCCACCUUGAACCUUGAAUCCCGAACCAUCAAAGCAACUCGAGGCUCGAUAAUACAAAUCUUCCCAACAUACUCAGUCCGAAACAGACCCAAGUGCAAUACGCCUUGCGGAGUAUUAGUUGCAUUCCAGCAAUCAAGCAGACCUGAAGCCGCCCGGCCCCUGCUGUCGUCCAAGAAUAGUUGAUUGCGUCAGUGGCACACCAUGUCGUCCAGAAAGAAGGUCCUCCUCAAAGUCAUUAUCCUCGGCGAUAGCGGUGUGGGAAAGACAAGUUUGAUGAACCAAUAUGUCAAUAAGAAAUUUAGUGCAAGCUACAAGGCGACGAUCGGCGCCGAUUUCCUAACGCGGGAAGUCCUGGUCGACGACCGACAAGUCACGAUGCAGCUCUGGGAUACGGCCGGACAAGAACGCUUUCAGUCUUUGGGAGUCGCUUUCUAUCGGGGAGCUGACUGCUGCGUCCUCGUGUACGAUGUCAACAAUUCUAAAAGCUUCGACGCGCUGGAUAGUUGGAGGGACGAGUUCCUGAUCCAGGCUUCCCCGCGAGACCCUGACAAUUUCCCCUUUGUUGUCCUCGGAAACAAGAUCGAUGUUGAGGAAAGCAAGAGAGUGAUUUCUACCAAGCGCGCAAUGGCAUUCUGUCAGUCCAAGGGCGGAAUUCCCUAUUUCGAGACCAGUGCGAAGGAAGCCAUUAAUGUCGAGCAGGCCUUCGAAGUGAUCGCGCGCAAUGCAUUAGCCCAAGAAGAAUCAGAGGAAUUCAGCGGCGACUUCCAAGACCCUAUCAAUAUCCAUAUUGAAAACGACCGUGAUGGAUGUGCUUGUUAGCGGGGUGAUCACAGGUUUGCUGGCAAGCGACUUGUUGCACGACAGAAGCAGAGAGCCUCAUAAUGGACGCAUGCAUGGAUGGAUGAUUGGAACACGGGCUCGCACUUUCUUUCGUCAUUACACGAUGUUCAAAUCCAGACGGUCGGUCCUAGGGUGCGGGCAGAUGUCGGACUUGGAUGUAGCAUUGUCUUUGUGGUACUGUUGUUGUUGUUGGGGUGUUUUCCGGGUUUCUUUUUCGAUUUUGCGAAUUAUACUUCUCGGGAUUCCUUCUUGCCGUCCUCAGUGGCCUUAGUGCACAGGCUGCCUACUAGCCACCCUUAUAUCCUUUGCUGUCCUUCCGUGCUUGGUUACGAGGUAACUUUAAGCUAUCACCUGAACGAAGGUUAACACCUUACUCCGUAAGGUAGAUAAAACUAUUAGCAGUCUGAAAUACGCACUUUAUGUUCGGGUAUUAAAAAAAGAUAAAGGAAGAAAGAAGAAGGGCGG